ACAGGUGCCUCCAUCAAAAACUGACCUGAACUGAACAUAUGGAAGAAGCAAUUCCUGCUAAGACUAAGGACUGUGAAAGCAACUUCCAUGUUUCAGUCAUGACUUCUUUACCAAUGAUGAUAUUUCUUGUAAUUCUGCUGCUGCUAUCCAUGCCUACAGAAGGCAGGGUUCUGACACAGACUCAAGAACAAUCCACUAUAUCUGCUGACAACAAGACAAACCAAGAGACUUUCUUGGAUAAGACUGAAUCCAAAGGAAAACCAGGAAACCCAAGCAUCAAAGAUGCCAUUGAGAUGGUCAACUGUGCCUUUGGUCAAGACAAAACAUUGCUUGAAGAUCAGUCCAAUUCUGAUCAACCCACCUUAAAUCUGUCUAAAUUAAUGACAACCCUGAACAAAUGUGGUGCUCAGAAAUAUAAAGUGGCUGAAUACGUACCAGAGGAUGGCCUUCUUGGGCAUGAAUGGCCAGAGGGAUCCUUGGUCCUGAGAUUGCUCGAUAACCCAGUAUAGGGAAAUGCCAGUACAGGGAAGCAAGAGUGAGUGGGUUGUUGAGCAAAUGGGGGGGGGGNGGAAUAGGGGGGUUUUGGAGGGGAAACCAAAAAAGGGGAUAACAUUUGAAAUGUAAAUAAAGAAAAUAUCUAAUAAAAGAUAUUUUU